UGUCAAAUAGUCUGCGACGCUCACGCAGCUUUUUCGUGAAGGAUUCAUUUAAGCAUAAAACGCUGACAAUUAAAUCAACUACGACCUUUGAGCAAAAUGUCUUUCGGUGACGAGGACUCCAUGGAUGUCGGCCCGACUGCACAGUCCAAGUUGGAGAGCUUUUUGUUCAGUUGCGAAUUGUCAACGAAAGUACCUUUCUUCACUUUCCAAGGGGAUGAAGAAGAAGACCUGGAGCACUUUCUCGAGCUCAGAACAGUUUGCCUUGGUGAAGGUGCAAAAGAGGAGAGCAAUGUGGUGGAGGUAACAGCCAUGAACCACCAAGGAAAGACUAUUUCUGUCCCCAUCGCCAACCUUCACAUUAAAUGUUUGCCUAUGGUGAGUUUGGGAGAGUUUGAACUAAAAGCCCCAGUGACCAUCCGGCUCAAGGCUGGAACUGGACCAGUUAUUGUCAGCGGGCUGCACCUUAUCGCCUCACAAGAUGAAGAUGAACUUUCUGAGGACGAAGAAGAAGUCGAAGAAGAGGAAGAGGAGGAGGAAGAGAUGCCUGCUAUAAAACCAGCAAAGAAGAAGCAGAACCAGUAGACUGAAAUGUGCCUGAUGGAAGUUUUUGUGGUGGAUUACUUGUCGAGAUAUAUAUAUAUAAAAAAAAAUGACGCGUCUUUUUGUACCACGUGGACAGAUUUGACAACUUUUAGUUCCACACGGCGCUGCGAGAGCUCAGUGUGGCGGCAGCUAAACACGCAGCUGGCUUUCAUGUACUCGCCUCCCUGUUCCACACAGCAAGCCCAUCAUCUGUGCGUAAUACGUUUAAAGUGUUUGUAUAAAACCUUGUUUUUGGUAUGAAACUAUUCACUGUUUUGUAAGUUUGUGAUGCAGUCCCCACUCUCAGCUUUUACUGCACCAUCAGCGGUGGAAAGACACGCUUUUUAACAUCAAUUUGUGGAAGUUUUCACAGUUAAAAAUCAUUGUUCAAAAAUAGAUUUGAGCUGAAUGACGCAGACGAUUUUUAUACCGUUAAUUAAACGUUCACCAUUUGUUUUCUUUCUUUUCCAGUUGUUGCAAAGUGUUUAAAUGUUCCAA